GCAGGCGUAAACCACGUACACCGAUCGCCGCUGUUUGUGCUAAAUGCUAGCGGCUUGGCUGACGGUCUGUCAAGUCAUACAUAUUGGGCUCGGUAGGGAAAGCUCAGCGGUGGAGAAGAAGGAGUACCCCAGCGCCGCUAAGAAAUGGCCGGCCAACAGUUCCAGUAUGAUGACAGCGGCAACACGUUUUUCUACUUCCUAACGUCCUUCGUUGGACUUAUUGUGAUCCCAGCCACAUAUUACCUCUGGCCCAGAGACCAGAAUGCUGAGCAACUGCGUCUGAAGAGCUUGAGGAGGGUCCAUGGCAGGUGUCUAUGGUACCGCCUGAGGUUGAUGAAAUCACAGCAGAGCAUUGUCCCGACGUUAAAAAAAGCCGCCCUGUUAUUUGGCUGGGUUGUGUUUCUGCUCCUAGCCUACAAAGUGUCCAAGCUAGACAGAGAGUACCAGGAGUACAAUCCUUAUGAAGUCCUCCACCUGGACCCGGGUGCGACAACGUCGGAGAUCAAGAAACAGUACCAUCUCCUGUCGAAGAAGUUUCACCCUGACAAGGGUGGCGACGAAGCCGCCUUCAUGAUGAUCACCAAGGCCUACGCUGCCCUGACCAACGAACAGACGAAGAAGAACUGGGAGUUGUACGGCGACCCAGAUGGUCCAAGAGCCACCAAUUUUGGAAUCGCCCUGCCUGCAUGGAUUGUGGACCAAAAGAACUCUAUGCUGGUGCUCUUGGUUUACGGACUCGCCUUCAUGGUCAUCCUUCCCGUGGUCGUGGGCACAUGGUGGUACCGCUCCAUCCGCUACAGCGGCGACCAGAUCCUCAUCAACACCACGCAGCUCUUCAUGCACUUUAUGUACAAGACCCCCAACAUGAACAUGAAGCGGUUAGCCAUGGUGCUAACGGCAGCAUUUGAGUUCGACCCUCGCAGCAAUAAAGAAGCCACCAUACGACCGACGGACAACAUCGAGGUGCCCCAGCUGAUCAGGGAACUGGGGAACAUCAACGUGAAGAAGAAGGAGCCCCCGUUCUGCUACCCCUACAGCCUGAAGGCCAGGGUUCUGGUUCUGGCCCACCUGUCACGCAUGGAGAUCUCUGAGGACCUGGAAGAGGACCAGAGGUUUGCGGUGCGGAAGAGCCCCGCUCUGCUCCAGGAGAUGGUCAACGUGGGCUGCCAACUCACAAUGAUGGCCAACAGCAGAGGGGGCUUCCACGCUCCCCGGCUGGUGUCCAUAGAGAACUGCAUGAAGCUGACCCAGAUGAUCGUGCAGGGCCUGCAGGAGACCAAGUCUCCUCUCCUUCAGCUGCCUCACUUUGACGAGGAGCACCUCCGCUACUGCGUCUCAAAGAAGUACAAGGUGCGGAGCCUGCAGGACCUGGUGAGUCUGAAGGACUCGGAGAGACGCAGCAUGCUGCGCUUCCUGGUCGAGGAGAAGUACGACGAGGUCAUCUCCGUGCUGGGGAGCUUCCCUCACAUCGCCAUGGAAACCAAACUGCAAGUUCUUGACGAUGAAGACAGCAACAACAUCACGGCAGGCUCCAUCGUGACAGUUACCGUCACCCUCACUAGGAAAAGAAUGGCGGAGGUGUUUGAGAAGGAGCAGGACGGUAGCCCGUGUCCCGGGGAGGAGGGGGCCAACACAGAGGAAGGGGCCGACGCCAGUAAAGCCAAGACCAAAGUCUGGCAGAACAACAAGAAGCAGGCCACAAAGAAGUCCAAGAAGAAGAAGCUCACCAAGAAGAAAGCCCCCGCAGCGGCGGCCACCGUUGCUGCUGCCGCCGCCGCCGCCGCCACCGCCGCCGCGGUCGCCGCAGUCGCCGCCGCGGCCACCACCACCGCCCCCGCAUCCUCAAAAACCAAGCAGGCCAACGGCAGCGUGGCAGGAGGCGAUGCCGUGGCGGUCCCCAAGGAGGACGAUGAGGAGGGCUCGGACAAGGGCAGCGAGUCGGAUGAGGCAGAGGCCAAUAAGGACUCGCCCAGCGAGCGGGACGAAGAGAGCGACAAGCAGAGCGACACGGAGGUGGACGAGAUCGCCGGCGACGACGAGGAGGAGUGGGAGGCUCUGCAGCAGAGCAUCCAGCGGCGGGAGAAGGCCCUGCUGGAGACCAAGUCCAAGGUCACCCACCCGGUGUACAGCCUGUACUACCCCGACGAGAAGCAGGAGUGGUGGUGGCUCUACAUCGCCGACCGCCGCGACCAGGCGCUCGUCUCCAUGCCCUACCACGUGUGCACGCUCAAAGACACAGAGGAGGUGGAACUGAAGUUUCCAGCCCCAUCAAAAACAGGCAACUACCAAUAUUCAGUCAUCCUGCGUUCAGACUCCUACCUGGGCUUGGACCAGAUCAAACCGCUAAAGCUGGAGGUGCACGAGGCCAAGGCGGUGCUGGACAACCACCCACAGUGGGACAUCCCGGAGACCGAGGAGGAAGACGAAGAGCAGGAGGACAGCGACGGCAUCGAGGAGAGCGAGGACGACGACGAGGACAACGACUGAAGGCGCACCGCCGCCCUUUGUACACACCGACGUGUGCGUGCACGCCCACCACACACGCGUAUACACAUGCCUACACAUGCCCUCUAAAGACGCAAACUCACACGCAUCGACAAACACAUGAACACGCACACGCAGUUGGCUUCCCCCCCCUCCCCCCCCCCCCCCCCCCCAGCAGCUGGUUUUUGAAGAGCUGUGACAUCGCCACAGCGACGGGAUGUCACCAACAGUCAGUCCACCCCCUUCCCCUUCCAAAACCACACACACGCACGCACACACACGCAGUGUCAUGGACUGUUACGUCCCCCGUCCCCCCCACCACAAUCCCACCUGCAUAACCGCUUUCUUACCGAGACCUCAGAGAGACUCGUUCAGCCAAUUUCCGUUGCCAACGGAGAUAUGUGAAUUGUGUGUGUGUGUGUGUGUGUGUGUGUGUGUGUGUGUGUGUGUGUGUGUGUGUGUGUGUGUGUGUGUGUGUGUGUGUGUGUGUGUGUGUGUGUGUGUGUGUGUGUGUGUGUGUGUGUGUGUGUGUGUGACAAUUUGUACAGGUAUGAAAGUUUGACACACUGUGGACUGGAGGACCUAUUAUCUGGGCAACUAGUUUUCAUUUUUUUUGUGUGUGGGGGGGGGGAGGUAAUUUGGAGAGUGAUAUAAAAGGAGACAAAAAAAAAAACACGUUGGGUUCCUCCAUGUUGAAAUCAUUCACUUCCUCCCCCCACCUCCUCGCUCGUGUUUGCCUCCUAUAGCUGCAGCAUCACACGACACAACACGUCUCCCCCCCCUGUGAUGUUCCAACCCACCCCCCCUCCCCUGCCCACGUGCAACAUCCUCUAGCCGCUGCCCGUGGUGAGCCCCAGCUCACCGGGGGCCCCCCUAGACGCCUCCAGCAGAGAGCCCAGAUGGCGGGGGUCAACGCCCACGUUGACCCCCACCUCCAGCAGAGAGCCAAGAUGGCGGCGUUCCGAUCUGCUGCUCCGGCUCCGGCCUCCUCUACACUCCGCGGCCUGUUAAGACACAACUUCACCCUUUUUAAUUUGUAUUUGAAGAAAAAAAAAAAAAAAAAGAAAAAAAAAAAAACGAAUUGAAUAACGAAUUGACAAAUGCGGUUGACGAAGCGGGGGGAGGAGAGUGGCCGCAGGGGGGGGGGGGCGGAGGCGAUCAGUGUUUAAUUUUGGCCGUGUCGCUACCAGUGGUGUACCUUGUUGUCCGUGCGCUACACCAGGGGUUCUCGAUCGCCACCGUAGUUCGCAGACCCUCUAGGGGGUUUCGGGGCGUAUGGGAGGAACCUGUUUGUAUUUGAUUAUACUGACUGCUCGAUUCGGAGAAGUGUCUUUUGCUUUCCUGUUUUUUUUUUUUUUUUAACAGUCGUAGCACAUUCCAGUGUAUUCUCAUUGUCCAAAACGGCCUUAUGAAUCCUACCGUACACCACGAUAUUAUAGACACUUCUUGGAGGCUAUGCACCAUUUUUUUUUUUUGGGGAGCAAUUGUUUAUUGUAUGUUUUUUGUUAGUCUAUUUUUUUUGUUCAAACUUUUUUGUAGCUUUCAGUAAAAAACAACAACAAUAUUUCUAUAAGUGUUUCUCAUGUAUCCUUGGCAAACAUAGCAGCUAAUGCUAAUAAGUGUCUGUAUUUCUGUUAUAUUUUUGGGCUCAAACAGGGUUUGUGAAAUGUUACCGUAUCAAGUCACUCAACGCUCAUUCUACUUGGAAUACUCAGCGCCUUGACUUUCAUUUAGAAUCUGGUUUCUGUUCUUGUCACUGGACAACUGUUAGGUUACCUGGGAGGUUUGCCCAACCUCCUAGUAUUAGUUUAAGGUUCAGCCUAUGCUUCCUUCAUGGUCAAAGGAGAACUUGGGGAUUUUUCAACCUGGACCCUAUUUUCCGAACAUUUUAGGUCCAAGGUAAUGCUCACCAAAAUAUUUUGAAUUGGUCCAGCAUUGAGCAAAAACAAUAUAGCUGCGGUUCCCUCGAAGCUGAACUAAUUGCAAAUAAUAUUGUUCGCAUUAGGCCCUUGAGGCUAAAAUUAUCUGAAAUAUAUGGUCAAGAGUGAAAAUUCCCAAAGGUCUCCUUUAACACCCAGGCAUUGUUCACUUCCGUUAAACUCCGAUCUCGGUUCAACUCGCUGAAUCAAGUAGACCCAACAGUUACUUGUCUUUUUUAAUUUUACCAGCAUUUUAUUUUUGUCAAACUGGAUUCAGCAGCAGAAACACACAAAAGCAAAUUGCACAGCAUUGCUGACUCUUAUUAGGACUAACUUGUAGUUCUGUUUUGCGGAAAGAAACCCCGUCUUUCCCAUCUGCGUCCGCACUGCAGGAGUAUGUUUUGUAUCGCUUCACGUCGUCGUGCGCUGUGUGCGUGUGGGAGAGAGGGAGAGAAAAACGUUUGGACUAUCGGGGUGCAUGUACUACUAUGACUACUAGCACCAUAUGGACACACUGCGCACAAAACCCCCCCCGUUCUGUGACCGUGUGACACUACCGUCGUCAAAGGGGUUCACCUGAGUAUUUGUAUCUCUCUGCAGCAGAAUGUAGCAUGAGCGGUGGGGGGCUCUGUGUCGAAAAUAACUGCAGAGAGAUGUAAAUACGAGACGCCCCCCCCCCCCCCCCCCCACCAUACCCUCACACGACAGACCAGGACUGGAGAAUAAGGACCCUUUGUGGCCCCGUUUGGGACAAAACUACUACCCCCCCCCCCCCCUGGUGAUUCUCUGCCACUUUUGUUUACAAAGGAACUGUCAUUGUAAAU